UGAAUUAGUCAUAGACAAAUACUAUUUAUGUCCGCCAUUCAUUCUUUUGAGUUGCUUUUUCGUUUUACGAUUUCGUAGGGAGCACGAUUUGUCACCGAGUUCGACGCAACAUCAUAGCCUAAAACCAAUUACGUAGAAGCAAAAUAAGCUGCAUAAUCAUCUAUUGGGAUCAUCAGAACGUUUUAGUUAAUUGUUCAGUUGAGUGUAACAGAUUUGUAGUUCACCUGUGGGACGAGAUCAUAUCUUAAGUCCAGUGAUGCUCUUCCUGGUCUUUAAUUUUAUCGGCCGCGACUUUGACUCGAGUGCCUGAUGGUGUGGAAAUUAUGUGCGAAUAAAAAAAUAGUACAGAGGGACUCAGCAUGGGGGCCUUUUUAAACAAGCCCGAAACUAAGAAGUACAACGAGAGUGGCGAAGGUAACGGACUACGCUAUGGCGUGGCGUCGAUGCAGGGCUGGCGCAUGGAGAUGGAAGAUGCUCAUCAUGCGCAGCUUACUUUAAACGGUACAUUAUCGGACUGGUCAUAUUUCGGCGUAUUUGAUGGCCACGCGGGGGCCAAGGUGUCAGCACACUGUGCCGAAAAUUUGCUGGAAUGUAUCUUGCAGACCGAAGAAUUUCGGAGAGACGAUAUAGUGGAGGCGAUUCGUACUGGUUUCCUAGAUCUCGACAUGAAAAUGCGAGAAUUGCCGGAACUUUCUAACGGCGCGGAGAAGUCAGGUUCGACAGCGGUAUGCGCUUUUGUCUCACCAAAGCAGAUAUACAUAGCAAAUUGUGGCGAUUCGCGCGCGGUUUUGGCACGGAACGGUGCUCCGAUUUUUGCAACUCGGGAUCAUAAGCCGGAGCUGCCAUCUGAGAAGUCUCGUAUCGUCCAGGCUGGAGGUUCGGUCAUGAUACAUCGUGUCAACGGCAGUCUGGCGGUGUCGCGAGCUCUAGGAGAUUACGAGUACAAAAAGGUUCUGGACCUCGGGCCCUGCGAGCAGCUGGUUUCUCCGGAGCCAGAGGUGUCCGUACACGAGCGUCUGGAUGUGGAAGACGAGUUCCUCGUGCUAGCCUGUGACGGAGUAUGGGAUGUGAUGAGCAACGAGGCAUUGUGUGCCUACAUCCACUCACUACUGCUACUGACGGAUGACCUUGUUGCUAUCACUAAUCAAGUCAUUGACACUUGUCUUUAUAAGGGUAGUAAGGACAACAUGAGCAUUGUGCUGGUGGUGUUCCCGGCUGCUCCCAAGCCGAGUCCAGAGGCGCAACGUGCGGACCGAGAGCUAGACGACACGCUGCGACAGCGGCUCACAGCUCUGAUAGAGAAGAGCGCCGGUUCCGAAGAGGACACGUGCUCCAGCUUUUCGUACGUGUUGAAGCAGCUGGUGCAGGAGAACAUACCGGGACUGCCGCCCGGUGGAGGCCUCGCUGCCAAGCAAUCGCUCCUGGACAAGAUAUACAGGGAGUUCUACCCGGAACACAUCGACAGUUCGCAGACCUUCGACUGUCAGGCCGAGUUGGACACGUUCGGGGCCAACUAGACACACACGAGGGGCUUAAACCUGUCUCCCCGCAACCCCUACCACCCUCAACCCCAUCGCGCCUAACAUAUCUCUAUUCUUGAUAUCCUAUAACUAUACAAUGAAAUUUCAAAUAUUAGUCGAUGUAUCGUUUUAAUGUUUUUUAAAAUGGAGAAAAAAAAAUUUUUGAACAUUAUAUUCUUUAUCUGUUAUGGACCAAGACGUAGUUAAUUCUAUUGAAGAUGACGGUAGUAGCACAAAAUGUCGAUGUCUCCGAGUUCGGGUUUACGGGUUUGAGCCUCGGCCUGAGUGUGGGGACGACUUGUAAUUGGACAUAUUUUAAAUGAACGCUGAACCUAUAUUCACCGUGACUGUACAAAUAAGAGAGGUCUAAAUAAAAAAUGGUUAGUGUUGUCCCAGAGCCGGACACGCGCCGCUCGAUGUAAUGACAACUUGUUUUUGUAAAUAAAAUUAACGCGUCUCAAAGAGCGUGGGGCGCGGCGAUGGCUCUGUGGUGUCGCUUAGUCUGUGACCGUUGCCGUUCGUUUUUAAAACUGCUUUGUAUAAAACCCGCUCGUACACCAUAAAUGCUUGUCUGUAGACGGACGAGUGACUCUAUGGUACGCUGAAACGGCAAUGGUACAGCCCGGUGAUAGCAUUCAUGAAUUUUAAUGUUUAAUAAAUACUCUAGCCUUAUCUGCUGUGGGUCAUAGACAAAAAAUUGUUUUUUUUUUUUAAAUGAUGCUAAUGUUGUUAAUAUUCAUCCACAGUGGUAUCCUUCGGAUCUGUGCACAAAUUUUUUUAUUUUCCCCGACGAUAUAUCUAGCCAAAUAUAAUAGUUUUAAAUAUUUGAAUUGUAUAGCAAUGCAAUAUUCUAUUUUGGCGGCGUUACAUUUAAUUUUUAGAUUAGUUCACCGUUCUAUGUUCUAUCGACUAAACGCGUCGCUGGAUGUGUAGACAUUCAAAUUAGAUAUAUAUAUAUAAAAAAAAUGUAUUGUGGUCUGUUUCAAGUAGAUAGUGGGAAUAGCUGGGAGGCAAAACAAAAUUUUCCUAUACUGCAGAAUCAACUUGAUAAAUAAUAAUCGUUACGAAGUCUCCUGAAGUACAGCACCUUUUAAUAUAAGUAUUCUAUGGUCGAAAUUGAUGUUAAAUGUUGCCAGUUGUGUUUAUUUGAAGGCACUUAUUGUACAUAAUUGUAUCUCCGCAGACUGGACCUCGUUAACCUAAAGCUUUGUUUUAAGAACUUCCCUCUAGUGUUGUCAUCGAUCGUGUUCUAGCCAUGCAAAAUUGUCUAUGGUUUAUUGUCAGUUUUUUAAAUUUAUUCGGAUUGUUCCUGUUCCGUAAACACUAUAUAAUAGCGACUUAGUUACAUUGCCUGCAUAAAAAAUGCUUUGUACUUAAACAUCGUAAUUUAUUUAGAUUUUUUGGACUUGCUUUCAUUUGAAAAAAAAGGGGUAAAUUUCUUUCUGAAUAUGAGUUUUGUUUUAUUUAAUUUUUUUCUGUCUCUUUUAAUUUAUGUGGGGAUAUUAAAGAACAUUGUUGUAAUAGCCUAAGUAGUAUACUUCUGUAUAAUAAAACUUUUGUACCUGCUCUACCAGAACAUUAGGAUCUUUGAAUAAACAAUUAUCUAUCUUACUACAAGUGGAUUGGAAUCAUUUUAGUACUAACGCGGUGAGGACGGGCUUAUCAAAUGGGCCUCUUUCCGUAUGGAAUGAAUGUUUUCAAAUUGCUCUUAAUGAAUUUCAUAUUAAUAUAUCCUUUGACUAAAACAUUCAUCGGUACAUAUUGUCAGUUUUGUUGUCUUUAUAUUUAGAUAUUUUUUUUCUUCUAUUUGUGAAUUAGACCGACUAUAUCUGGCAGUGGGUUUGGAAAUGAAAUAUUUUUUUAUGUCCAUCUUAAGUGGACAGUAGUAGGUUAAUCUGUUUUUUUUUUAUAAUUUUGCUUUCUCACGAAAGUCGACAAGUGUGUCUAAUUAUAUCUAGUAGACGCUUGAACAAUAAAUAAAUAACUGUACGUACCUUAA